AGUGAGGGCAAAGUUCAUCUAGUUAUACUGAACAACAACAAAUAGGUUGUUUGUAUUAUUUCUCAUUGCGUCAUUCAUCUUGAGAUGGAUAUCACAUAUCAGGUAUCACAUUUCUGUUUAAGCCACCUCACAUACAUUAUACAUAACAUCAUGUGACCUGUAAGACAUUAUAACGGAAAAAGCGAUACCUUUUAUGUCAUUCGGUGGACAUAACGACUGAACAAUGACUUUCAUAGCCAAGACUUUUUAUGACCUGCAUGCAACUACGCUGGAAGGGGAAACAAUUGAUUUUAAUGUUUUUAGAGGAAGAGUAGUGCUUAUUGAGAAUGUGGCAUCACUUUGAGGAACAACCACCCAGGACUACAGUCAACUGAAUGAGCUUCAGAGCAAAUAUCCUCAUCGACUCGUGGUCCUGGGAUUUCCCUGUAACCAGUUUGGAUACCAGGAGAAUUGCUCUAACGCAGAAAUUCUGAAUUCGUUGAAGUAUGUACGUCCAGGUGAAGGGUAUCAGCCUACAUUUACCAUUUUGGAGAAGUGUGAUGUAAAUGGAAAAGAUGAACAUGCAGUGUUUUCCUACCUGAAAAACAAACUUCCUUAUCCAGUCGAUGACCCUGUAUCAUUCAUGCAAAAUCCUAAAUUUCUAGUCUGGAAUCCUGUCAGUCGGAAUGACGUUUCGUGGAAUUUUGAAAAGUUUCUCAUUGGACCCGAGGGCGAGCCCUUUAAAAGAUACAGUAGAAAGUUUCACACUAUUGAUAUUGAACCAGACAUCCAAAGACUGCUGAAGCUGACCAAAAACUGAGCAAAAACAUGUCACUGAUCAUAAUGUUUUAGUGUAAACAGCAUUGUGGCAUCAUCUCACUUUCUUUUCUAUUACUUUAUGAGAGUGAUAUUAUAAAGUGUAAUAAAGAUAUCACUUGAGACUUUGUACAUAUAAAAGAAUCACAGAUGUUGCCAUUAAUAAAUUAUUGCUGCUACACAAAAUGUUUGACUCAAGAUAAAGGCAAUGAUAAUAAAUUUUAUUUAAACAAUGUAUGGAAACUUCUGACCCAUUGCACAUAUGAAUAAAGAAACAGAACCUGAAAUAAAUCAUUUUC